GGAAUCGCGCCGGGAAGAGGAACUAACAGAAAUGAAGCGCUACAUAGGUGGAUAGGUGAUCUUCUUAGUGGAAGUAAAGUGGGAGUACGUCUCGCAUAUGCCUUGCUAAUAAUCAUAUUCGAUCGCAUAAACAACAAAGGGGAAAAGUCAACUUGUGAAUUGCCAGAGGAAACCUGUGUACGUGACGAAAGAAGCAAGCUAACUGAAUAUGAUCAAUCCGGAACAAGGCUUUGCGAAACAUCCAAGGAAGUAUUUGGAAUAGGGUUGGUAUCUUCUGACGCAGAUGAAGUAACUGAGACAACGGAAUUGACAGCGAAAACUCACGAUGAUGAUAGUCAUGGUAAAUUCUCUUUGAACUAUUCUUCUGCAAUCAAUAUUCUAGACAGAGCGCAAAUGAGUUUGGCAUCGUUCCAAAGCCUAGUAAAUCUCAGCGAAUCAGGCACAGAAAUAUCACAUCGUCACUUUCCCUAUUUAAAUACUUCUAUUACUUUGUUUUAUAACAGUCAUUUCAGCAUGAACAGAGACACCGAUGAACACGAUAAACGUAUAGACAACAUUUUAAAGAGCUGGUCAAUGUCCAGAGAACAUAUUGCUAAGGACGGAGAUUGUUGUUUUAGAGCAGUGGCAAGGAACGUUUCCAAAUUAACAGAAACAGGAGGAUUAAGUUCUCAAGCGUAUGAGCAUAUGGCUAAUCUUGGUCUUGUUAAUUUAGACGAGGAAAGCUUGAGCGACAGUUUAAGGGUGCUGACCGUUUCAGAGUGGUCAGGAGAGAACAGGCCACACUACGAAAGCUUCCUGACAACUGACAACUUUGACGAGGAAGUUAAGCGGUUUACCCACAAGGGGUAUUUUACUGGUGAGCUAGGAAAUCUCAUGGUCUUAGCAAUGGCCAACGUUCUAAAAAUGCCCAUUGUAAUUUUUUCAUCGUUGGAAAACUAUCCCACUAUACCAAUUCUGCCGCGUGGACAACUCAAUGACAUGCCUACGUUGUUUGUCUCAUUUAAUGCCGCUGGUUGUGGGCACUACGAUUACGUCCAUACGGAGACUGUGCGAAUGGUGUUAGAAAAACAACAAGAAGAACAAGCAACCGAAAGGAAACGGCCCCAAGUUUCCUGUUCUUGUGGUGCCAGUAGGAAAGGUCAAGAGAAAGUGUCGAAUGUUUGCAACAACGUCAUUGGCUCAUACUCUAGCAGGUGUAAGUGUCUUAAGGCUCGAGUUAGUUGCGAUGGAAAUUGCAAAUGCAAAGGAUGUUCAAAUCCAUUUGGGCAAAGUCAAGCUGGUAAUGCCGAGGGGGAGUGCGCUCCACGGAAACGACGAAAGUUUGAUAUUCAAAACUCGAUCAAACUUAAGUCAAAAGCAUAUCUUAAUGAAAAAGGAGAACCGCUACGAGAGGGAGCUUUGACGAAGGAGGAGUUCUUUGUAGUAGAAGAACUUUUCAAACUG